AUGGGCGACGCUUCCUCCGUUGAGCCGCAGUUUUUGUCCAAACUGUCUCCGUCCGCCGACCUCGUCAUGGCGGUGUUUCUCGUCCUCACAGGAGUGUCGUCCGUGUGCGGGAACGGGGCGGUGCUCGCCGUUUACUACAGAAAAAGACGCAAAAUCAAACCCGCCGAGCUCCUCACGGUCAACCUGGCCCUGUGUGACCUGGGGUUCAGCGUCCUGGGCGCGCCGUUCUUCAUCGUUUCCAGCUGGAGUCACGCCUGGAUGUUCGGGGAGACCGGGUGUCUUCUUUACGGGAUUCAGGGCUCCGUGUUUGGCAUCGGUUCGCUCAUCACCACCUGCCUCAUAUCUCUGGACCGAUGUCUGAAAAUCUGCUGCUUAAGAUACGGUCAGUGGAUCAACAACCUCCAUGCGUCCCUGUGCGUGCUGCUCAUCUGGCUCUACACUGUGUUCUGGGCUUCACUUCCUGCUUUUGGGUUCGGCCGUUACAGACCAGAACCCUACGGAACCAGCUGCACCGUCGACUGGUGGAGUAUCCGGACGCCUCGCUCCGACCGCGUCUACGUUUACCUCUUCCUGUGCUUUGGCUUUGGAUUACCCACAAUCACCAUCAUCGCUUCAUAUCUGGGCAUUCUGAUCAAGGUUUACACAUCGAGCCGCGCCCUGGCAUCUAUUCCAUGCUGUGCUGUGUCCAACGGCAGCACCAAAGACCUCAAACUUGCGAAGAUGGCGGUGGCGGUCUGCGCGGCGUUCCUCGUGGCCUGGCUCCCUUACGCUUCCGUGUCCCUCAUCUCCGCCCUGCUCUCCGGAGAAGAAGACCCCCUCUCCAAACCCACGCCCGCCCCCGUCGCCCUGUCCUCCGCCCUCAACUGGACCACCGCGGACUCCUCCAAACACACGUCUCACCCCCCGGGACCCUCUACGACGGGCCCGGAGUCCAGCCUGCCCCCCAUGGUCACCGUCAUCCCCGCCAUGUUUGCAAAGUCCCACUGUAUGAUGAACCCGGUCAUUUAUCAGAUCAUGCACAGGGAGUUCAGGGACAGUCUGUACGAGCUCGUGUUUGGACGGCAGAAGGCCGACAGGAGGCGCCAGAGACGGAAAACGGCGUCUGUUCACACGAGCGUCAGUAUGUCCGUUCAAAAGAGAGAGCCAGACAGAUUAUGA